AGUCAGACCUCAGUCUUCACUGAGGCAGCAGUGAGAGAGGACAAUGCGGCGCGCAAACUUCAUCACAUCACAUCACACACACCAUCCUCUUCAUACUCGUCGUCCUCAUCAUUCUCUAAAUCCAACGGAGCCCAGCUGAGGAAGAAUGUCAGCCAACAACACCGCGUUGUCCACAGAAGCAAGGGACUACACCUGCGUGCGUUUCUACGUCUCCACCGUGUCCUUCUCGGUGCUGCUCAUCUUCAACCUCAUCAUCAACUGGACCAUCGUGCGCGUGGAGCAGCUGCGGAGCCACGCGCGCUUCGUGCUGGUUUUCCACCUGCUCGUGUCCGCCCUGGUCCACAUGGGCAUGAGCAGCAUCUUCUUCUACCAGAUCCACCUGAACGCGCGCCCGGGCCGCCCCGCGUGUCUGGCCAUGAUCACAGUCCUGAUCAGCAGCGCGUCGAACAUCCUCCUGACGCUCACGGCCAUGGCUCUGGAUAGAUACUGCGCCGUGUGCCACCCAAUGCGCUACACCUCGAAGUGCACCUCGGCGCACUGGCCCUGGCUGCUGGGCGUCCUCACCUGGAUCGUGGCUCUGAUCAUCCCUCUAAGCAUCCUCCACCCGGACUCCCAGGUGCGCUAUAAUGGAGAGUGCGGCCUGGAGCAGCAGAGGAAAGGUGGGCUACAAAAGAUACUCUUCAUCGCUUUGUGCACGCUGCUCAUCCUGUACAGCUACGUGAGGAUUUUCGUGGAAGGACGGAGGUUAGGGGUGCUCAACCGGCGCAACCGAACCGGCUGCAGGACAAUCGCUCUGCAUGGGAGCCAACUUGCGGUUUACAUCCUCCCAAACUUUGUAAGCUUCAUUCUGACAAGGAUGAGCAAACAGGACCUCAUUAAACCGGAGACUAAAGAGCUGUCCGCCGUGGUUGUCUUCGCUUUCUUCAGCUUGGCGCAGUGUGUUGCGCCGGUUGUUUACGGUUUGCGCAAAGAGGAACUCCUGGAGCAAUUGGGUCACAGGUUCCCUUGCUGUGCCCGGUACUUCAAGAGCGUCCUCGGCUGGACUGUGCACGUCAACUGGACAAACAGACGGCAAAAAUCACGGGAACGAACUCUGACAGCCCAGACCAUCAUCUCUCUGGAGGUCCCGCAAGGCUCGGAGGACGAGGAGGAAACUAGACGAAUGUCAGGAGUUCCCCAUGAGAUGGACACGUCUGAGUGAUAUGGAAAAUGCCUGAUGUGAAAAAGCAUCAUCAGGAUCCCGUCAGUCACAGGACCACUAAAAUUUGUGUUCUCAGCUGAGGCCUUGAGGAACUGAAAGAGCCUUGUUGGAAUUUAUUAUCCACUUCUACAAGUUUUGUCCUCACCAGAGAGUGUAAUAUUUUGCUGUAUUUUUUAGCUAUGGUCACACAUUGUAGCCAUGCUGUCGGCAACAACGAACAAAGAACAAAGACAAUAUGGUUUCAAAGACAUCAGCAGUAAACCUUCUGAAUACGUUUUCUAUUAAGCUUCAAGCCUUAGAUUGAAGCUUCUUCAGAUCUCAAGUUCUCAUGACUUAAAAUAAAAACAGACCUGCAUCAUUUGGGAUUACAAAGUCUGGGAUGGAGGAUGUACUUUAAGUUAUUGUCUGGUGAAUGUUGUGUCGAAAGUUUUUUCUGUAACCUUGUGAAUAUUAGAGUUUUUACUUCAAUUGUUGUGAUGCAGCUGAGAAUUAGACAGAAAUACUUUUCACUACAUGUUAAAUGUUAGGUGUUUGAUUGACUGAUUGUGUUGUGUGUCAAUGGUUAUAGGAGGGUCGAUGCUAAAAAAGUUAGCAGUUGUGUGUGAGGGUACACAUUACUUGCUAUUGGACCAAAAAGCACGGUAACUGUUAGUCUAGCUUAAAUGAGCAAUAAGCUGCUUGCAAAUUUAAAAACAAAAACGCUAACACAGCUUCACACGCCGCAUAGCUUCAGAAAGACCAUUGUUUGACAGUUUCCUUUUCCUGUCUUUACUAAGCUAAGCGAACUGGAUCAUGGCAUUAGCUUCACAUUAAAAUUAUACCCUUUAGUAAUAUUGUUGUUUUGGGUUGUUUUUUUACAUCUAGCUUGCUAAGUCUCUGUAAAAAAGGUUACUUAGCAAAAUAAUGACAAAGUAAUGAAAAAAAAAAUUUGCUCUUUAAUAGCAAUAGUUUAAUAGCUUCAGUUUUACACAAUUUUGAGCUAGCAUUAAGCACCCUGGAAUAAAUAAGCCUCAAAAUCCUA